GAUCCAGCGUUGCCGCAGAGUGGGUCACAACUUCAACUUGUGUCUGAUCCCUGGGCUUGGGAACUCCAUGUGCCAUGGGGCCUCUACUUGUGUUUUUUCUUGGCUGAGAAGACAUUUCAGAUCCCUAAAAUUGAGACGAAGAGUAAAGUGAAAUCUCAGACACUCGCAGAAGAGGGGAUUUUUCAGGACAUGGGUCUCUGUGAACACUGUUGCCCUGAUGACCGAGGCCAGUCUGCCCAGGAGCAUGGAGCUGACUCCCAGCCCGUGAAGGGCCCUCUGGACACACCAGUCUCGUAGGGAGCCGAUGACCACAGCUGGGCACACAGCCUCUCGCUCCAUGAAGACAUGAGCCAUGUGUGGCAGGCAGGGAGGCAGGGGCAGUUGUAGAAGCCGGCUGUGCUUGAAGGUGGUCCUCCUGGUCAGCCCUGGUCUCCUGGAGAAGCAUCUCUGCUCAAGAACAAGGGGCUCCUUGCUUCCAGCACCAUAACUGCGGCCUGGCGGGCGGCAUCGAAAUCUGCAUCACCUUCCCCACCGAGUACGUGAAGACGCAGCUGCAGCUGGACGAGCGCUCGCACCCGCCGCGCUACCGGGGCAUCGGGGACUGCGUGCGGCAGACAGUCCGCAGCCAUGGCGUCCUGGGCCUGUACCGCGGCCUCAGCUCCCUGCUCUACGGCUCCAUCCCCAAGGCGGCUGUCAGGUUCGGGACGUUCGAGUUUCUCAGCAACCACAUGCGGGACGCCCAGGGACGGCUGGACAGCACGCGCGGGCUACUGUGCGGCCUGGGAGCCGGUGUGGCCGAGGCCGUGGUGGUCGUGUGCCCCAUGGAGACUAUCAAGGUGAAGUUCAUCCAUGACCAGACCUCUUCCAACCCCAAAUACAGAGGAUUCUUCCACGGGGUCAGAGAAAUUGUGCGGGAACAAGGGCUGAAGGGGACAUACCAGGGCCUCACAGCCACUGUGCUGAAACAGGGAUCCAACCAGGCCAUCCGCUUCUUCGUUAUGACCGCCCUGCGCAACUGGUACCGAGGAGACAACCCCAACAAGCCCAUGAACCCGCUGAUCACUGGUGUGUUUGGAGCAAUUGCGGGAGCAGCUAGUGUCUUCGGGAACACUCCUCUGGAUGUGAUCAAGACCCGGAUGCAGGGCCUGGAGGCACAUAAAUACCGCAAUACCUGGGACUGCGGCCUGCAGAUCCUGAGGAAUGAGGGGCUCAAGGCAUUCUACAAGGGCACCAUCCCCCGCCUGGGUCGGGUCUGCCUGGAUGUGGCCAUUGUGUUCAUCAUUUAUGAUGAGGUGGUGAAGCUGCUCAACAAAGUGUGGAAGACAGACUGAGCCGUGGGGGCUGCCCCCAGCGCCCCCUUCUCACAAUUCCAGUGCAGUCGUGCCAAAAGGCCCCUCCCCGUCCCUUGCACUCCGUGGCCCAGGGCUGUCCCCUGUGGUCGUCAAUUCCACAUGUCCCAUAGUGCCAUGUGUCUCAUGUGGUCUGUAAGAUACUACGAUGUGUCUAGCUGAGACCGGGUGUCCCUCUGGCCUGUUAAUCCGUGCCCACUUGUCCACGUGCUUACUCAUGUGUGCCUGUGUUUCAUGUUUCCUGUCCUGUGACCCUGUGCCCCACUUCCUGGGGUGCCUGUGUGGCCUGGUCCCAGCCCGGUGCCUUCCACCCACCCUGGCCUACCACAGCUGCCUCUGGGCUUCAGCCUGGCCUCACUGCAUUCCAGGGGCUCCAUGCCCCCCGCUUCUCCCGCCACUGGCCUUAACUGGCCCUCGGGCCCUCCUUCCGCCCGGGACAGGGUGGCCCCUGCCUCUCUCAGGACCACCCUUCCAAGGCAGAAUAAACCGGAUCCUGUUGCA